AUGAAGAUGACUAAGGGGAAAGGGUUUGAUUUCUUUAUUUGCUCGCUCGCCCGCUCAUUGUGCGACUGGGGGGAGGAGGAGGAGGUGACGGAUCCGCUGGCGUUGGAUGCCAAGUGCGCGCUCUCGAUCGAGGAGACCGUCAAGGCGCUGCUGCAGGGCCUCGGAGAGAAUCACGAGCGAGAAGGCCUCCGGAGGACGCCGCAUCGCGUGGCCGAGGCCUUCCGACGAGGAACCAAAGGGUACAAACAAAAGGCGAAAGACAUUGUGCAGGGUGCCUUAUUUCCAGAAGCUGGACUGAAUCCGGGAGUCAGCCAUGCAAGAGGGGUUGGUGGGCUAGUGGUUGUUCACGACAUCAACUUGUUUUCCUACUGUGAGUCUUGCUUGCUUCCAUUUAGCAUCAAGUGCCAUGUUGGCUAUGUGCCAUCCGGAGGGCGUGUCGUCGGCCUGAGUAAGCUGUCGCGAGUUGCAGAUGUAUUUGCAAGGAGGUUUCAGGAUCCUUUGCAAGGAGGUUUCAGGAUCCUAAAAGACUAG